AGCGGGUCCUGAAAGCCGGUCCCGGGAAGAGCGUUUCUGCACUAUGGGCGUGGAAUAGCCGGAGGGCAAACCACCAGCGCCAGCGCCAAGACCACCAGCAGCAGCAGCGGCGGCGGCGGCGGCGACGGCGCCGGCGAAGGUGGCGGGAGCAGCGGAGGCGCUGACACAUUGAACUCCGCCUAGUCCGCCGCCUAACCCCGAGCGACGCCGGGGGAGCCUCGUUGAUCGCUUGGGCGGCUAGCGACACAAGAGGAGGACUUGGGAAGCUGGGUCUACAUCCGGAAAGCCUGGGGGUGGUGGUGACCGCGCGGACUCGAAGCAAAGGAGUACUGGGGACUUGCUUCUUGAUUCCCAGUGUCGACCCCUCGAGCCAACGCAGGUGGAAAAUCAGCCCCGCUGGCCCUUGCCCCUAGGAGGCUGGGACCGCCUGCAGCGCCCUAACGGACUCGCUGCAGGCGGCACCCUUAGUCGGCCGGGUCUGGGCAUCCGCAGCUCGGGCAGCGGAAAGAGGAAGAACCGGUGUGGGCUCCCGGAACGACUUAACUAUCGAACCGUGGUCGAGGACAUGGGAGCGCUACGAUUUCUGCCGGUACCUAAGAAACUUUAAAGCCAGCCACCAAACCUGCAUCUGCGGGACCCGGAGGAGUCAAGGGCAGAAUCUUCACCCCCAUCAUUAUCCAGCAGUAGCAGCAGCACCUUCUUUGCCCCUUGGGGUUCUGCCUGGUGUAUGUGCGAGUGUGUGUAUGUGUGCGUGUGUGUUUGCGCGCGCGCUUGUAUGUGUGCCUGUGGAUGGCAGAAAUUAAAGAGCUUUCCCAUUUUCUUCAGCUCUCCAUCUCUCUAGUUACUUCUCUGCUGGGAUGUUAAGAAUUCACCGCUGUUGCUUUUAUUGGACCUAUUCCAAGCUUCUCUUCGGUUCUCUCGGGUAUAUUUUCAAGUGUCCAUUUGAGGCCCUAGAAUAAGUUCGUGCAUAGAAAGAGAGAGAGAGAGAGAGAGAGAGAGAGAGAGAGAGAGAGAGAGAGAGAGAGAGAGAGAGAGAGAAAGAGAGAGAGAGAGAGAGAGCCCUGCCAUGGACCUCAGUACAAACUGGAAAAAGGGGAGAAUCUGAGACCUAAGCGGUUCUGAUUUGUCUUCAGGACUGUUCGCCUCCUAAAUAACAUCCCUUGUUAAAGCCGAUGUAUAUGAAAGGGUUUUCUCGCAAUUUUUUUUUUUAAUGCACAAUUGUGUUCUGGAAAUCUUUACAAUCUUGUCAACACAAAGGCAUAAACUCACCACCAGGCCAGCCGAUGAACAGCUCUCUCUUCCUAUCUUCCCCAGUGCCCCUACACGUAGGAAUAGCAAAUAAAUUAAUUUCCCAACAAAAAGACCGAGUUCAGGCCAUUCUCUGGUAUAUUUAUGAUCUUGAGUGCUAACUAUAUUUCUUUGGAGAAAUACGCCUUUAAAAAACAAGGUCCACGAUAUCUGGAUUGCUGCAGGUGACCUCCGACUUUGGACGACUGCCACUGAAGGAGCUCUGGGUCAGGUGCCUGGGGCUUCCUUUUUUUUUUUUUGUGACAUGCUAAUGGCGUUUUGAUACUUUCUUCUGCGGGGGAAAAAGCAAUCUGACUCAGCCGUCUCUGUCUUCAAGCUUACAUCUGAAAAAAAAAUCUUGCAGUGCCUCCUUAGGAGUUUGGGGACAUAAUUCUAUAUCACCGCUAAUUCUAUCAACAACUUCAUAGUAUAGUGAUUGGCCCCCAAACCACUUUCUCCUUUUACUUUAAGAAAUAACCAGACUGCAAUUUGAAAAGGGAUUUAAAAAUAUACACAAAAUUUCUUCUUAUUGCUGUUGACUCGAGUAAGAUCUUUGCAGUAGGUGCAAGGUGGUCGUGAUCUCAUCUGAAAAAAGCGCUUCUGACUCAAGCUGUGGAUCGCUCCGAUGGAAAUACACUGUAAGCACGACCCGUUUGCAGCAAUGCAUAGACAUGGAGGAGUGAAUCAAUUAGGGGGGGUUUUUGUAAAUGGCCGUCCCCUCCCUGAUGUAGUCCGCCAAAGGAUUGUGGAACUUGCCCAUCAAGGUGUGAGACCCUGUGAUAUCUCCAGGCAGCUUCGGGUCAGCCAUGGUUGUGUCAGCAAAAUUCUCGGCAGGUAUUAUGAGACUGGAAGUAUCAAGCCUGGGGUGAUUGGAGGGUCAAAACCAAAGGUCGCCACACCCAAAGUUGUAGAAAAGAUUGCAGAAUAUAAACGCCAAAACCCCACCAUGUUUGCCUGGGAAAUCCGAGAUAGACUCUUAGCAGAACGAGUAUGUGACAAUGACACUGUGCCCAGUGUCAGCUCAAUUAACAGGAUCAUCCGGACAAAGGUACAGCAGCCACCCAACCAGCAGGUCCCAGCUUCCAGUCACAGCAUAGUCUCCACAGGCUCUGUGACCCAAGUGUCUUCAGCAAGUACUGAUUCUGCUGGCUCCUCCUACUCCAUUAGUGGAAUCCUGGGAAUUACGUCUCCUAGUGCUGAAACCAACAAACGCAAAAGAGAGGAAGGUAUUCAGGAGUCUCCAGUACCAAAUGGCCAUUCCCUCCCAGGCAGAGAUUUCCUUCGGAAACAGAUGCGGGGAGACCUCUUCACUCAGCAGCAGUUAGAAGUAUUGGACCGAGUCUUUGAGAGACAACAUUAUUCUGACAUAUUUACAACUACUGAACCCAUCAAACCAGAGCAGACCACAGAAUACUCAGCCAUGGCAUCACUUGCUGGUGGAUUAGAUGACAUGAAGGCCAAUUUAACAAGCCCUACAUCGGCGGACAUAGGGGCCAAUGUCCCAGGGCCACAGUCAUACCCCCUUGUGACAGGUCGUGAUUUGGCAAGCACAACCCUCCCAGGAUACCCUCCACACGUCCCCCCUGCUGGACAGGGCAGCUACUCUGCUCCAACUCUGACAGGGAUGGUGCCUGGGAGUGAAUUUUCUGGAAGCCCUUAUAGUCACCCACAGUAUUCAACAUACAAUGAUUCCUGGAGAUUUCCCAACCCUGGGCUACUAGGUUCCCCUUACUAUUACAGUGCAGCUGCCAGAGGAGCGGCUCCCCCCGCAGCUGCCACAGCGUAUGACCGCCACUGACCCCAGGAGCCAAGAAAUCCAAGCACUUACUACACAUAUCAUUCAGGACUAUGGCGUCUGAAUCACUGAUACAUAACCAUGCUGACCAAACUGCACAAGGAAGGACAAGAAAAUAUCCAAUAAGAUCUACAGACUCAACUGCAGUGUUAUUCUUUACAAGGGGCAAACUGAUGUGGGGUUGGUGGUUUUUUUCCUCUCUCUUGCUUUCUUGCUUUUCCCCUCCCCACCCCCUCAUUGUUGUUGGGUUUUGUUGUUUGCUUCUAAGAGGAAAUCAAUGAGAUUUUACUCAUGUUGACUGGGUCUCAGAAAACCAACCAACCGAAAACCAGUUAUGCUGACAUUCCUCCCUGUUCACAGGACAUUCUGUUCUUGGGAGCGACCAACAUGGUAGACCCCAGGCCAGUCAUCUCUGGUUUUCCAGGGUACACUGGAGGAAGAGCAGAACAAAUCUCUUCUUGGGCAGAGCAUCCCUCCUGGAUGACCCUGAGGUGGGCACCUCAGCAUCAUCUGCCUGACUUGCCCUGGGCUUUGUUGAUCAAGAAAGAUUGCUCUUCUCAGCUUAAAGCAGCAUCAUUGUAAAUAACCCUUUACUUUUGUGUGUGUUGCAAAGAGAGUGGCUAAGUAUACACUGUAAAUGCUUUUUACACAUGGUGGGCUCAAAAUGCAUCGACAAGUGCAUUUUGAAACUGGUGCACUGAGUCAGAAUUCAGUAAGCUUUAACCGACCUUGAGCCAACCAGGUGGUAUUUUCUUUGUGGCCAUCCUUUGGCCUGAAGUGAUUUUUUUGGUUUGUUUGUUUGUGCAGUAUCGCAUAGGAGAGGCCUUGGGUAGGACAACAUGCUGUCCAGAGACACAGAAUACAUGGAACAAGUAAAACCUCUGGGCAGGUUGUGACAUUUUGCAGCUUUCUAUCAAUUGAUCUUUCUUUGUAACCAUCCUGAGUACACUGGAAAUACAUUUUUCUAGUUCCAAACAGUGCUAACUUCAAGGAAGGAUUUCUUAGUCAGCUUCUGACAUGCUGUAUGUAAAUCUAAAUAGGCAGGUGAAAACUCACUGAUUUUCUAAAAGAAAAA